AGAGUUGGAAAGGUGCCUUCAACCCCCAGUUCCAGGCCCUGUUGCUGCCACCUCCACGGGAAAUGCCCUUUGGUCUUCCGAAAUCGCAAAAAGUUUGUUUCCCUGAGCGCGAGGCUCAACAUCUCAACUGCCGAGCCACUGAGGCUGGACGUUUGAGUCCCCGGAACCCCUUAGAACAUUGCUACAAGAACGGAGAACCGUCAGAAUAUCGAAACACCGGGAGGUGGAGAGGCGGACGGAGGGGAAGGCGGAGCAGCAAGGGGCCGGGCUAACCAUGGCCGAGGGCGGGGAGAAGGAGGAGUUCUGCUUCAGAGCUUUCUAUAUAAGUGGCCAGUGGCGAGAGCCGAGCACUUGUACUGACCUUCAGAAACCUGAGUGUGGUACAAUGGCGCCUUCCAGGAAGUUCUUCGUUGGAGGCAACUGGAAAAUGAACGGGAGGAAGAAGUGCCUGGGAGAACUCAUCUGCACCCUGAACGCAGCCAACAAGCGGGAAGACACCGAGGUGGUUUGUGCACCGCCAACCGCUUACAUCGACUUCGCCAGGCAGAAGCUGGAUCCUAAAAUUGCUGUGGCUGCACAGAACUGCUACAAAGUGACCAACGGGGCCUUCACUGGGGAAAUCAGCCCUGGCAUGAUCAAAGACUUAGGAGCUACCUGGGUCGUGCUGGGGCACUCCGAAAGAAGACACGUCUUUGGAGAAUCAGACGAGUUGAUUGGGCAGAAAGUGAACCAUGCCCUGGCAGAGGGACUCGGAGUGAUUGCCUGCAUCGGGGAGAAGCUAGAUGAAAGGGAAGCUGGCAUCACUGAGAAGGUUGUUUUCGAGCAAACCAAGGUCAUCGCAGAUAAUGUGAAGGACUGGAGCAAGGUGGUUCUGGCCUAUGAACCCGUAUGGGCCAUUGGGACUGGCAAGACUGCAACCCCUCAACAGGCCCAGGAAGUCCAUGAGAAACUUCGGGGAUGGCUGAAAUCCAAUGUCUCUGAUGACGUGGCUCAGUGUACCCGGAUCAUUUAUGGAGGUUCUGUGACUGGAGCAAACUGCAAAGAGCUGGCAAGCCAGCCUGACGUGGAUGGCUUCCUCGUGGGUGGUGCAUCUCUCAAGCCUGAAUUUGUGGACAUCAUCAAUGCCAAACAAUGAGCACUGCCCAUCCCUCUACCUGCCUGCAUAGCAUGGACUAGUUGCCCAGAAGUUUAGUAACUGCUCCCACCGGUCACAUGCUUCCAAUGACAUCAUCUGCCCCAUCUUGUGGCCUAAUCCACACUGUACCCUCCUGAGCCAUUUACACCUCCCCAUAAUGGUUGGGACCAGGCCAAUCCCUUUACCACUUACAAUGGGUAAGAUCAAGUAUGUCACCAAGGUAGCUGGCUUCCUGAGGAGGGGAAGGAGUAGAACUGAUUGUCCCUUUGGGCCCUAACAAGUGAAAUCGCCUUCCAUUGGUUUGGGAUGGAGACUCAAGGUUGGAGCAUAGGAAGUGGACUUUGUGUCACUUUGGCCUUGGCUCUAGCUUCACUCCCAAGCCCUACUGGAUGUCUGAUGCAGAAAUUCAGAGCUUCGGGGUCUGAAAUAAUACAUGAAGGCCCGAGAUCCUCUGACUCUCCCCUCCCUCCCAGUGCCGAAGCCCUUGUAUUGUGUUUGUGAACCAUCCCAUGUAAGGGAAAUAAACACCUGGGCCUAA